AUGUCUCUGCAUAUAAAUAUGAGUCACCAACCAUCUCUUUAUCCAUAAGAAGAAAGAAAAAAAAAUAUGGGAGUAGAAAGAGGAAGUGGUAAGGGGCUGAAGCAGAUGCUAAAGAGGUGUUCGAGUUUGGGAAAGAAGAGCAACGUCCACGUCAACUCUAACGGCGUCCCCAAAGGUCACUUCGUCGUUUACGUUGGUCUAUCUAGAUCCCGACACAUCAUUCCUAUCUCCUUCCUCACGCACCCCAUCUUUCAGAUGUUGCUGAGACAAUCUGAGGAAGAGUUUGGGUUCUACCAAGACAAUGGCCUAACCAUUCCUUGCGAUGAAGAUUUCUUUCUCUCUCUCAUCUCCUCCAUUAAUCAGCCUUGACAAGACACAUAUGAACAUGCAGUGCUAGCUCCUGCUUUGCGGUUAUAAACUCGCGUCUAUGUAACUACUGCUGUCUAUAUAUCCUCUUCCACGGUUCUCGUGUAUUAAGUGCAUGUCACUGGAGAGGAGUAGAAUCUACGUAAGAGCAUGAUUAACUGAUGGUUUCCUAAUGAUUAUUUAACUAACU